AUGCCUCCAAAAAAGCAUAGCAAGAAUGCUCAGCCCAUGACAGAAUCCACUGGACUAAAACCUGGGGCAUGCUCUAACUGUCAAAAGCACAAGAUAUGUUGUAACAUGUCUUCUGGAGCUGCUGCAUGCUCUGCAUGCACAAAGAGUGGAUCUGAGUGCAUUCCUCAGGAAAGUCAAACUCAGACUCAUAGCAACACCACUCCACCCAUGGAUGCUCAAGGGACCAGCAGGGCAAGUGAGGGCCAAGGACAUGAAAAACCCAAUAGUGCUGCUCCACAACCCACCACCAUGGGCCCAACUGAUAGCCAGGCCAGAUGCCAAUGCCAGCUAGAGUCAAUAGCACAAAAAAACAAGGCCAGCAUUGCACCAACAUGCAACAUCCCUUUGUUGAAUCCCAUCCCUGAACCUGAGGACACAUACAACCCUGACACUGAUUUUUUUCAAUUAGAUGUACCUACUACAACUGAGUUCAUCAAUAGUAUCACUGGUUACAACUCAGAUAUUGGGAUGGAGACAUAUGAAAGUGGAAGUGUUGAAGAGAUCAACAUGGACAUCUCAAUGGACAGCACUGAUGACCCUGAUGAUGGGGGAAAUUUGACCUCAGGUUCAGAAGACCUUGACAGGUGCAUUGCACAAUAUCUCUGCCAGCAUUCUAAACCAACAGUUGGACACACCCCUGGCAAGCAGCAGCCUGGAAGACCCAAGGGCAGCUCAAAGAUGGUAGUGGCUGAAGCAGUCACCACUGAGGAGCUGGAAACACACCAUAUGUUAUUAUUUUCUAAAUUUAUUGUAUGA